GCCGCCGCCCGCCGCUCGGCCUUCCCCGCCGGCCCCGGCCCCGGCCCCGGGCCUUUCUCAGACGCGGGGAGAGUAUGAUGGGAAAUCUGAUCUUCAUGUUGGAAUAACCAGUACUAAUGGACUCGUAUACAAUUACAAUGAAAUGGGCAUUCACAGAGUUGAAUUUGGGUGGGAACAAUGCAUUAGUAUCCCACUAGUACAGCCAGGCAUGUAUGGGCUGCUUCAACAGUGGGAUAAGUACCUAGAAGAAUUCUCUGCUGGAGAGGCCUGGCUUCCUCACAGGUAUGAUGAACAUCACCACAAUUGUUACACCUAUGCACUGGCAUUUAUUAACUGCCUAUUGGCUGCACAGGGAAAGCAACAAAUGGACAAAAAUGAAUUCACAGAAAGAUUUGUGAUCCCACAGACAAGGAAAGCUUCCAAGUAUAUAACUCUUUACCAGGCGAUAGCAGAAAACUGUUUCUACACUGUUGACAUUUCUGAUCAGGAAAAGAAUGCUUGGGAGGAGGACAAACUGUUAAAUUAAAAACCACCACAGACUUAAAUACAAACAAAGCCAAAAUAUAUAUUCAUGGCAUGCUUGAAAACAGCUAUGUCCUGCUGCAUGUAUGAAAAAGAUUAAUUGGUAUUAUUUUAAUGACGCUAAGGUGUGUAAUGAAGAUGCUCUGGGUGUCACAAUUUUAAACUCUGCAACUGCUUAAUUUUCUGGAGCACAUGGAAAAGCAAAUAUAUUCCUGUGUGCAUUCACCAUACAGUACUUUGUUUUUUCAGGCAAAAGAUCAUAAGUAUAGUAACUUAAAGUAGCAAAUUUAAACUUAUAACUUUACUCAAAAUAAAUGUUAUAGUAUAACUCAAGGGUAGGUAGCCCCUGGCACAGUAUGAAAAGGCAUUUUGCUUGGCAUGUGCACCUUGGGGUGGAUGGUGGGGAGGGGACCAGGGCUGUGCUGCCACAACAUGGCUUGGACUCCUCACAGCCCCCAUGCUGUCUUACCCUGGCAUGCCAACAUCUUACAAGUCGAAGUUGUGGGUGUUUUUGGCAUUCUGCCCAAAAAUAUGGCUGACCCCUAGUAUAACUACAUUUGCACUUGUGCAUUAAUGUGCGAUUAAAAACAACAUUAAGACAGCACUGGGAUUACUGGUCACAUGCUCAUUAUCUUCUACAUUGGUUGCAACAUGUAGUUUCUCAAGGGUAAAACAUUUAAAAAUUGAACCAUAUGGGAUAUUAGAUUAUGAAGAACAUUUUGAAGUUACCAAUAGGCAGCAGUAUUUCUUCACUUCCUUUUGAUAAAACAUUGUAUUUUCUUGCAUAUACAGUGUAGCCCGAGUAAGAUACAUAACUUGUUGUUGGGAAGGAAGAAUGUAAGGGGGAAAAAAAGAUUUUUCCAGAGUUACGUAUGCAGAGAGCAGAGGCAGAGCUAAAGGGUCUGCAAGGCUGUGAAAUAGGAAAGAGACCGGCAAUAGCUUCCAGACAGCAAAACUGCUAGAAGAAAGGUUAACUUGAUUAGCAUAACAUCUAGAUCAGGGGUUCUCAAUCUGUGGCCUGGCACUGGGCCGUGGUGAGUCAGCUGCCAGACCAGAAGUGGCCGUAGACCAGCAAACUGUGCCCCCCCCCAGAGCUGGACAGAGAGGCCGUGGCUCCUUUUGCAUGGCCUGCGGCAGUGCAGGGUUUGGUCCACCCUGCUGCUCAGGGGGUGGAGGUAUUCUUAUCUGUCUUUCGGCCAGAAAUUCUGGCCGUGGUCAGCUGUGACUGCUGGGCUGCGGCAUAAAAACUUUGGGAACCCCUGAUCUAGACCAUUAAAAAUGAAAGACUAUUGUUAAUACUUGUAGAGUGAAGAACAAUGGGUCAUUAAGUCAACUGAUUUCCCUCAGCUGCCUGAAAAGAAAGCCACUGCUGCUGCAGGGCAGUUGUAUUUGGAACAGGUGCUAAAGCAGGAUGGUUCUAGUUUAAGCAGAAAAAUUAGCUUCCUGCUUAAGAGGCACACCAAUCUGGGGAGGCUGAUUUUUGGAGAAAAAGGUGUGGUAUGCAAGAAAAUAUGGUGUGUCUCAUAACUUUAUUGUACCUAGAUAUGUUGUUACUCAGGUUGUUUGUAAUUGAUUGUUGCAAAAAUAAAUGGCUGAAGUGAAACCAG